UUCAGCUGUGUAGUUGACCAAAGAUGAAUUGGGUGGAGCUGCAGUUUGGCAGGAAUAAAAGCCUCCCCUUUGUUUGUGUCCAGUAUGAGAAGAAUGGAAUCUGUCAGAUCUGGAAUAGGACAACCAUCCCUCUGCAUUCUGUGACCCCCUGCAUGUGUCUUCAGGUAUGGGAUGAGGAUGAUCAGAGGUCUAUACGCACUCAAAGCUGCCCCUUCAUUAAUAACACAGAUUUUCUCCAAAGGAGCGUAUGGCAGAAUGUGUCAGUGUUUGUAAGUGUGGGACAAUUAAACAACUACCACACAAUGCUGUCAUGGAACCUGUCGGCCCCCUGCAGGCUGGAGGGUGAAGUGUGGCCCUGCCAGAAGAGAAACAGCUACUGCAGAGAAGUGAAGGGCUUUAGACAACACUGGAAAUGGCACAUGGAGACAAACAGUAAAGGGCAAUGGGAGACAAUAAGGGUGUUUGAAGACAUCCACGUUCAGCUCUCAUCAUGUGUGAUGGUGGAAGUAAAGGGAAUGGGAAGUGUGCUGGGUCCAUUCUGUUUAAAAAACAGCCUACUUGCAGACAGAUCACACUGGAUUCUCCUGGUUGUUGGUGUAAUGCUGCGUUGCAUUACUGUGCUCAUAUUUUAUCUCCUUCAUGACUUCGUCAAGAGUGAAAUGGCAUGGAGCUGGCAUCAUGGCGGAUUUGUAAAGAGUGAUUGGCAGAAACGGUGUAUGGUGGUGUUGCUGAGCCCCCCAGAUGUGGAUGAUGGUGUUUCAGAGUCAGUAUGUCGGCUUGGCUCCCAGCUCUUUAACCAGGGCUUCAGUGUGUCUGUGGAUCAGUGGAGCAGGAAGGAGCAGUGCACUAUGGGGCCUCUGCCAUGGCUGCACUCCCAGUUGUUGGAGAUGAAAAGCCUGGGCGGCCGAGUUGUGCUCGUCUUGACCCGCAAAGCCUUGGAGAGAGCAGAGGAAUGGACCCAUGGAAAUGAAGAGGUUAGCAAGAUGAAGGAAGACAAGGGUCUCCCUCAGAUAUGUUCCCCUUACUCUGAUGUGUUCACGGCCUCCCUAUGCCUCAUUCAAGCGGACAAGCAGCUGGGCAUAGCUGGAGAACAUUUUCUUCUGGUGGAAUUUGACUCCCAUCCAAGAAUUGACAGAAGACUACCGGAGCUUCUUCAGGGGCUGCCCCUGUUCCAGCUUCCCUCUCAGAUCCAGGCUCUGUUGUCUGAACUUACUGUGGGAUGGACAGGGAGGGGGUCAGGUAGAAGGACAUGGACAAGGUGGAAAUGGAGUGCAAAGACUAAAGAGGGAAAAGAUAAGCAGAAGGCAUCACACUGUAAAUAGGUUGCAGUUGAGAGAAACUUGGGGACAACGCCUUUUAAGUUCCCAUAAAUUAUUGUUGCAUAUUAUCUGUGCUGAUAUCUGAAAGACUGUUCAUCCAAAUUGUGGAUAAGAAAAAUAUACGUCACUAAAGGCUGACUGGCAAUGAUCUAUAUUGUUGUUAUGUUAAACAAUUCCAUGACAUGGCCAACAACAAUAUAUCCAUCCCUCAUUACUUUUUUGACUACACUUUUCUGUCUCGAGUUACUAGAACCAAAACCGGUUUAUUUUUUCUUAAGAUGUUAAGUAAUUUCCUAACAAACGGCUGUACAUCGCAAGUUUUAGUUUUAAAAUUACUUAAAUAGGAGUAAUUUGUCAAAGACUAUUUUCAGCUGCAGAUUUGAUGUGUUAGCAAACAGCUGGGCAGCAGGAGGAGUUUGUGGGACUGGCUCAAAUGUUCAUUGUUGAAGGAAAAUGUCACAAAAUGCACCAAUGUCAAAAGUGUUUUUAGUGUUUUUUGGGCAAUAGCAAUGGUCUAUAAUGCAGAGGAAUACGUUAUAUAAGGCUUUGGCUACACAGACUACUUCUUAAAUUUAAAUCAUUGUUUGUUGUUGUCUUGUCAUCAAAUUUGUUGAGUA